CACCUUAUUUUUGUGGUGGCUCAAUCUCAAAUUCCUCUGGGAUGCUGCAGAGUCCAUUCUAUCCUGGAAGUUAUCCAAACAACGCUGACUGUGUGUGGGAAAUACAAGUAGAGAACAAUUUCCGUGUUAUGCUCACAUUUAGAGACAUUGCGAUGCAAAGCGACAGAUGCCAGUAUGACUACAUUGAAGUCUAUGAUGGGCCUCCACACUCUUCCCCGCUUCUUGGGAGACUUUGUUCUGGUUUCUUUCCCACAUACGUAUCCUCUUCAAACAUGAUGACCAUUCGCUUUCACAGCGAUUCUAGAUACACCUUCAGGGGGUUUCAGGCUCACUACUCCUCCAUUCCAUCAGAUCACAACACUACCCUUCUGUGCUUGCCAGACUACAUGCAUGCAGUGGUUAGCAGAGACUAUCUCCAGUCUCAAGGCUACUCGGCUCAGAUGGUCACCCUGAAUGACAAUUUCUGUAAACCAACAGUCACGUCACACGAGGUUAUAUUCAACAUUCCCUACAAUGGCUGUGGGACGCUACGAGAGGAGCACAAUGAUACAAUCAACUAUUCCAACAUGAUCAGAGUUACAUCUUCUGGGCACAUAAUCAAGAGGAAGAAGAACAUUCACUUACAUAUCAGUUGCAAAAUGCUACAGAACACAUGGAUGCAAAUAAUGUAUGUUGCUGAGGAUACCAUAGACAUGAAUGAAAAUCAGUUUGGAAGAUAUGACAUGAAUAUCACUUUUUAUGAUUCCUCAUUGUUCUUGCGGCAAGUGCACGACUCCCCAUACUACAUUGACUUGAACCAAAAUCUGUACCUUGAAGCCUAUCUUCACAGCUCUGAUCCAAAUCUGAUCGUGUUUGUGGACACAUGUGUGGCAUCACCUGAUCCUUAUGAUUUUAACACUCUGGCCUAUGAUAUAAUCAAGAACGGAUGUGUUAGAGAUUCUUCCUAUGCCACAUACUACUCCCCCUACAGCCACAUUGCUCGGUUCAAAUUUAAUGCCUUUGAGUUCAUUAGCCGCCAUACGUUAGUCUACCUGCAGUGUGAGCUGGUGGUGUGCAGGCUCGGUGACUAUUCCUCCCGCUGCUACCAGGGCUGUAUUAACAGGUCCAAGAGAGAUACAAAUUCUGCCCAGGAAAAUGUGAAAGUGGCUGCCGGACCACUUCAGCUUCUAGAAGGGGGUGCUCAGAGUAGGA